AUGACAAAUUUGGAGGAUUUGCUCAAAGGCCAAGAUGCAUUGACUCGACAAUCCGCUAUUAUAAAUUUGAUGAACUCUCAACAGAAACUUAACACUUCGAUCAAAGAACAUAUGCUUAACCUAAUGAGAUUCUUUGUAGAACUGGAGGACAAUGAGGCUGAACUAGAUGUGAAUACUCAGAUUGAAAUGGUGUUCAAAUCCUUGACCAAGGAGUUCAUUGGCUUUAGUGUCGUUUACAACUUGGGGAACAAUGCACUUACCUUGAGUCAACUCAUAAACGAAUUACAAUCUUAUGAGUUGAUGUUGAAUGGUGGUAAGCCGAUUCAGGAGAAACCUAAGGCAAACUUAGCUGUAUGCCCUUCGUCCUCUAAGGGGAAACAAAAAGCUAAGGGAAAGAAAAAAUCGAAUAAGUCUUCGAUUCCACCUCGUGUGGAUAGGAAAAACACUAAGGGGUUGAAGGAUCCUAAAAAGAUCAAAUGCUUCUUCUACAACAAGAAAUGUCACUUCAGAUGA